AUGAAUGGAGGCGGCGAGAAUAAUCAUGUUUUUCCAUGGGAGACUAAUGAUGUUUGGUCGUACCUGAACUUGAAUGACAAUCAAAUUGGGAGUGGAGUGACGUUUGAGGGUGACAAGUUGCCAGAUCCAACUAGAUCUGAUACUUAUCAGCCGCUGACAGUUGUUAAUGAGGUGAUUGAAGCGAGUACCAAUGUUGGUAAGAAGAGAAGUCCACCCAACCGAAAAAAGAACGGUAAGAGAAUUGCUGAAUUAAAUUCUGGUGCUGAUGAAACCGGAGAUAGAGGAGGAUUAGAGCAUGAGAUACACAUAUGGACGGCGAGAGAAAGGACAAAGAAAAUUGGAAUCUUGUUCGAGACUCUCCGUGCUUCGAUUCCUAAUCUCCCUGCUAAGGCUGAUAAGUCUACCAUUGUUGAGAAAGCAGUGAACUACAUCCUAAAACUGCAGAAUACUUUUGAGAAGCUUGAACAGGAAAAACUAGAAAGGCUUCAAGAACAUAGCAUAAGGUUGAUGAGUUCACAGAAAUUCACAAAUGCUGGUAAUAGUUGGGAGAAAUAUCUGGGUGAUCAAGGAUCAACACGUAAUUCAUCCGCUAUUACACCAACAACUCAUGGUGCUAGUCCCCUUAUGGUGAAUAAUAACAUUCCAACAGGUUUUAUGACAUGGAGUUCACCAAACGUGAUACUAAAUGUUUGUGGUGAAGAUGCACAUAUUAGUGUGUGUUCUCCGAAGAAGUCAGGGCUAUUCACAUUCAUUUGUUAUGUUUUGGGGAAACAUAAGAUUGAGAUUGUGUGUGCUCAAGUUUCAUCUGAUCAAUUCAGAAGCAUGUUCAUGAUCCAAGCUCAUGCUAAAGGUGGAACUGGCAUAGCUCAAUUCUCCGAAGCAUCCACAGUGGAAGAAAUGUACAAGCAAGCUGUAAUUGAGAUAAUGUCAUUUGCAACCCCCAAAUGA